AUGAGUUUCGCUACAGCACCUGCUGCUCUAGCUAAUUGCCCACCCCUUCCACGUGUGAUUUCUAUGUUAUGCAUGGCCGUGCCUAAGGGCAUAUCGGUUGAAGUAGAUUUUUCUUUUCUCUCAAAAACCCCCUUCCCAAACUGUACAAGCUUCUUCCAAAGCAUAUACAACAAAUGUUGUUUGGUGGACUGCAUUUGA